AUGGCGAAGGACGAUGUGGCUAUGGAAGUGGAACUCGGGCAGCUUCGAAUAAAAAAUUCUGACCUUCGUUGCAAGGUCGACCGCCUGCACACCGAGUUACGAGCCGCGAAAGACCUCGCAGCGGCAGUCACCGCGGAGCUCGAUACGUGGAAGAAGCAGAGCAUUUCCCGCGCGGAGGCGGAAAACCUGCGCGCGGAGGCGGAAAAAUGGAAAGCGCGUGCGGAAGCUUCCGCGCGGGGUUCCCCGGGGCUCCGGGGAAGUGGCGGAGCGGGAAAAAAACUGGAAGAGAAAAUUACGGCUUUAGAAGUGGAAUUAGGGAAGUACAAGUUCAAAAACAUGGACCUUCAGAAUAAAGUCGAAAAACUCUCUAAGGAGAUUACGAAACGACCGUCUGCUGUCGACGCGGGAAAGUUGUCACCAGGCUCGGCUGCGGGAAACGCGCAGGCGACGGCGGGAAACGCGCAGGAAACGGCGGGUUUGACGGGGAAGGCGCUUUUUCUGAGUCGCCUCAGGAGCGGAGCGCUGUCAUCUUCCCGAGGCUCUGCCGUAACAGGCGCUCCAAGCGGGAAAGGCGCUUUUAACGGGACAGGCGCUUUUAGCGGGAAAGGCGUUCCUAGCGGGAAAGCUGCUUUUAGCUUGACAGGCACUCAUAGCUGGACAGGAGCUGAUAGCGGGACAGGUGCUAAUAAUGGGACAGGCGCUCAUAGCGCGUCCAUCGGCGGAAGGGGGAUUGGCGGCGGGUCUGGCUGGCGCGCGCAGGGUAAGGCGGAGACAGAUGGAACUUUUUCGCGGGAGGGGGAGGAGAGGCGGAAGGAGAGGGAGGAGGAGAGUCGGAAGGAGGAGGGAGAGGAGAAGCAGCGGGUAGAGGAGGAGAAUGUACGGCUGAGAUCUUCCCUCGAGGUCCCUGAGAAGCGGGUGGAGGUGGGGCGAGGCGACAGCGGAAUGUGGAAUGAAGAGGGCAAUGCUCUUAAAGACGUUUCUUGGGAGUCGCCAAAGGCAGAGGCCUGUAAGAAAGAAGCGAAGGAAGCUUCUAAAGAAGAUAUAGUGAAAGAAAUGAAAGAAGAAUGCAAGGGAGAUUGCACGGAAGAAUUGAAUUCUGAGACGAUUUCAGGCGUUUCUCAGGACAGCGCAAAAGGGGUGGAGGAGCAGAAAGUCAGUUAUGAGGAGAACAAAGGGGCAUCUCUUAUGGGGGAUGAGCUGUUGAUUGUCGUUGAGUCUGCUAAUGGUGUACAGUCUGUUGGUGGCGAGUCUUCUAACGGGGGUGAGUUCUCUAACGGGGUUGAGUCUACUAACGGGGCUGCUAACGAGGUUGAGACCACUAACAGGGUUGAGUCUUCUAACGGGGAUGGGCCUGUUAACGGGGUGAGUUUAGGGAUGGAGUGUACAGAAGAACUAGCAGCAGCGAAGCACGAUAGUCCGGGAAAAGGGGAGCAGCAGAACGGGGAGCGUAUUGAAGAGCAGGUUAUCGCUCUAAAGGCUCGUGAGGAAAGGUCGGAAGCAGGAGGGGCAAUAGCAGGAGAGGAAGUGGAAGGAGGUGAGGUGAGCGAGUGUGGGGAAGGAGAUGGCGACUCAGGGAAAGGGAGGGGAGAAGAAAAGGGGGAAGAUAAGGGGGGGAACAAGAGGGGAGACAAGGUGGGAGAUAAGGGGGAGCAAGGGAAAGAGGAGGUGGACGGGACACGAGCUUGUAAUGAAUCAAAAGCUUGUAGCGAGUCAACAGUAUGUAUCGAGAUAUCAACUUGUAAAGAGGAUGGGGUGCAGACACGGAUAGAAGAAGGUGCGCUUAAUGGAAAGCAGCAAGAGGACCAACUAGAACGUAUGGCGUCAUCACAAACUGGAGCAGCUAGUAACGAGGAUAAGUUGCUGCUGGGACAGCUGUCAAGUUCCUCUCUUGGGUCUGAAUCUCCUAGCCCAUCCUCCUUCGUUUCGAAGCCUCUCUUUAAGAAACUGCCUCCCGCUAUAGCGAGUACAGAAGGGCGGGCCCAGCGAUUGAACGCACACACUGUAGAGGAAAGCGAGCCUUCUCCUAGGGGGACUCCGAGGCAGCUUGUAAAGGGUACGGGUGCGGCAGAGGAAGGGGGGGUCAGGGGGGAGGAGGCUCGAGGGCUCAUCCGGGGUGGGUGGUUGGAGCUAGGGAGAAGGCGAGAGGAGGCGGAGAGAGGAUUGAGAGAAGCCUUGAGGGCGAGAGAAGAGGCAGAGAGAGGGAAGCAGGGAGCAGAGAGGAAACGGAAGGAAGCAGAAGAGAGGAUGGUGAGAGCUUUACUGGAAAGGGAUGAAGCGGAGAGGAGGAGAGAGGAGGCUGAAGGGAGGUUGGGGGAAAUGGAAGGGUUGUGGAGGGAGAGUGAGAGGGGGAGGGAGAUGGAGGGGAGGAGGAGGGAGGAGGUGGAAAGGGAGUUGGAGGAGGAGAGGAGGAGGAGGGAGGAGGCGGAGAAGGGGAGGGAGGAGGCAGAGAGGAGGAGGGAGGAGGGUGAGGGGGAGAGAGAGGAGGCUGUGAGGAGGGCGAGGGAUGUGGAGAGGGAAGGGGAGAGAAUGAGGGAGGAGGUGGAGAGAGAGAGGAGGGAAAUCGAAGGGAGGUUGGUAGGAGCAAGUAAAGCGCUGAGGGAAGCUGAGGCGAAGAGAGACGAAGCUGUAAAGGCAAUGGAAGAGGCUUAUAACGGGGAAAAGGCUGCCCUGGGUUUGAGAGACCAGGCAAUAUAUGAGAGGGAGGAAAUGGCGAGGACAAGGGACGAGGCUGAAAGGAGGAGGGGGGAGGAGGAAGCAAGGAGGAAAAUUGCAGAGGAGGAGUGUGAGGAGGCGAGGAGGAGGAGAGAGGUUGCUGAGAGGGAGAGAGAGGAGGCGGUAGAAGCAGCAGAGGGAGCAGAGAGAGGGAGGAGGGAAGCGGAGAGGGUGAGAGAGGCUGCUGUGAGAGAGAAGGUUGAAGCUGAGAGGGCAAUGGAAGGGGCUUUAAGGGAGAGGGAUAUGGCGUUGUUGAAGGAGGAGGAAGCUGCCAAGAAGAUUCUCGAUGCCGAAAGGAUGAGGGUUGAGGCAAGACGCGUGUGGGAAGAUUCGGAUAAGAUCCGGGCAGAAGCGGAAAAUGCGCAGGCUGAGGCCGAGAAGCUUCGGGCAGCUGCGGAAAAGUUUAAGGCGGAGUCGGAGCUGGUUCGGGCAGCUGCGGAGAUGGCUAAGGUGGAAGCUGAGGCGAUGAAACGUGAGGUGGAAGUUUUGCGGGCAGAAACGGCGGCGGCUUUGGCUGCCCGGGAAGAGGAACGGGCGAAGAAGGUUGGUCUGGAGGGGAAGAUGGAAUCUUUAAUGCUGACCGUGGAAGCACAAAAAUGGGCAGGGGGGGAGUUGCUUAAAGGGGAGGAGGAGAGGAGGGGGCUUGAAGAAAAGUGUAGGAAGGUGGAAGGGAGGGUGAGGGAUGUGCAGAGAGUGAGGGAGGAGGCGGAUAGGGGGAGGGAGAGGGCGGAGAGAGAAAGGGAGGAGAUGGUUGGGAGGAUGAAGGAGGUGCAAGUAGAAGUGUUGAGGCUUAGAAGGGAGGUGAAACGGCUGAUGGGAGAGGAGGUAGGAGAGGAGAAAGAGGAGGAGGAGGGAAAGGACGGUGAUAAUGAAUCGAGACUUGAGACUGCUUUGGCUGCAGAUUCUCCUGUAUCAAAGGGAACCUCAAAGGGGAUAGUAGCCGAGAACGGAAGAGAGGAGGCUGACAGAGCAAGGAGUGAGGCUGAGCAGAAGAGAGAGGAGGCUGAGGCAGCGAAAUGCGAGGCGGAGAAAGAGAGGGAGGAAGCGGAGAAGGCAAGGAGUGAGGCUGAGCAGAAGAGAGAGGAGGCUGAGGCAGCGAAAUGCGAGGCGGAGAAAGAGAGGGAGGAAGCGGAGAAGGCAAGGAGUGAGGCUGAGCAGAAGAGAGAGGAGGCUGAGGCAGCGAAAUGCGAGGCGGAGAAAGAGAGGGAGGAAGCGGAGAAGGCAAGGAGUGAGGCUGAGCAGAAGAGAGAGGAGGCUGAGGCAGCGAAAUGCGAGGCGGAGAAAGAGAGGGAGGAAGCGGAGAAGGCAAGGAGUGAGGCUGAGCAGAAGAGAGAGGAGGCUGAGGCAGCGAAAUGCGAGGCGGAGAAAGAGAGGGAGGAAGCGGAGAAGGCAAGGAGUGAGGCUGAGCAGAAGAGGGAGGAAGCGGAGAAGGCAAGGAGUGAGGCUGAGCAGAAGAGAGAGGAGGCUGAGGCAGCGAAAUGCGAGGCGGAGAAAGAGAGGGAGGAAGCGGAGAAGGCAAGGAGUGAGGCUGAGCAGAAGAGAGAGGAGGCUGAGGCAGCGAAAUGCGAGGCGGAGAAAGAGAGGGAGGAAGCGGAGAAGGCAAGGAGUGAGGCUGAGCAGAAGAGAGAGGAGGCUGAGGCAGCGAAAUGCGAGGCGGAGAAAGAGAGGGAGGAAGCGGAGAAGGCAAGGAGUGAGGCUGAGCAGAAGAGAGAGGAGGCUGAGGCAGCGAAAUGCGAGGCGGAGAAAGAGAGGGAGGAAGCGGAGAAGGCAAGGAGUGAGGCUGAGCAGAAGAGAGAGGAGGCUGAGGCAGCGAAAUGCGAGGCGGAGAAAGAGAGGGAGGAAGCGGAGAAGGCAAGGAGUGAGGCUGAGCAGAAGAGAGAGGAGGCUGAGGCAGCGAAAUGCGAGGCGGAGAAAGAGAGGGAGGAAGCGGAGAAGGCAAGGAGUGAGGCUGAGCAGAAGAGAGAGGAGGCUGAGGCAGCGAAAUGCGAGGCGGAGAAAGAGAGGGAGGAAGCGGAGAAGGCAAGGAGUGAGGCUGAGCAGAAGAGAGAGGAGGCUGAGGCAGCGAAAUGCGAGGCGGAGAAAGAGAGGGAGGAAGCGGAGAAGGCAAGGAGUGAGGCUGAGCAGAAGAGAGAGGAGGCUGAGGCAGCGAAAUGCGAGGCGGAGAAAGAGAGGGAGGAAGCGGAGAAGGCAAGGAGUGAGGCUGAGCAGAAGAGAGAGGAGGCUGAGGCAGCGAAAUGCGAGGCGGAGAAAGAGAGGGAGAAAGUGGAGGAGGCAAGGAGUGAGGCUGAGCAGAAGAGAGAGGAGGCUGAGGCAGCGAAAUGCGAGGCGGAGAAAGAGAGGGAGGAAGCGGAGAAGGCAAGGAGUGAGGCUGAGCAGAAGAGAGAGGAGGCUGAGGCAGCGAAAUGCGAGGCGGAGAAAGAGAGGGAGGAAGCGGAGAAGGCAAGGAGUGAGGCUGAGCAGAAGAGAGAGGAGGCUGAGGCAGCGAAAUGCGAGGCGGAGAAAGAGAGGGAGGAAGCGGAGAAGGCAAGGAGUGAGGCUGAGCAGAAGAGAGAGGAGGCUGAGGCAGCGAAAUGCGAGGCGGAGAAAGAGAGGGAGGAAGCGGAGAAGGCAAGGAGUGAGGCUGAGCAGAAGAGGGAGGAAGCGGAGAAGGCAAGGAGUGAGGCUGAGCAGAAGAGAGAGGAGGCUGAGGCAGCGAAAUGCGAGGCGGAGAAAGAGAGGGAGGAAGCGGAGAAGGCAAGGAGUGAGGCUGAGCAGAAGAGAGAGGAGGCUGAGGCAGCGAAAUGCGAGGCGGAGAAAGAGAGGGAGGAAGCGGAGAAGGCAAGGAGUGAGGCUGAGCAGAAGAGAGAGGAGGCUGAGGCAGCAAAAUGCGUGGUGCAGAAAGAGAGGGAGGAAGCGGAGAAGGCAAGGAGUGAGGCUGAGCAGAAGAGAGAGGAGGCUGAGGCAGCGAAAUGCGAGGCGGAGAAAGAGAGGGAGGAAGCGGAGAAGGCAAGGAGUGAGGCUGAGCAGAAGAGAGAGGAGGCUGAGGCAGCGAAAUGCGAGGCGGAGAAAGAGAGGGAGGAAGCGGAGAAGGCAAGGAGUGAGGCUGAGCAGAAGAGAGAGGAGGCUGAGGCAGCGAAAUGCGAGGCGGAGAAAGAGAGGGAGGAAGCGGAGAAGGCAAGGAGUGAGGCUGAGCAAAAGAGGGAGGAAGCGGAGAAGGCAAGGAGUGAGGCUGAGCAGAAGAGAGAGGAGGCUGAGGCAGCGAAAUGCGAGGCGGAGAAAGAGAGGGAGGAAGCGGAGAAGGCAAGGAGUGAGGCUGAGCAGAAGAGAGAGGAGGCUGAGGCAGCGAAAUGCGAGGCGGAGAAAGAGAGGGAGGAAGCGGAGAAGGCAAGGAGUGAGGCUGAGCAGAAGAGAGAGGAGGCUGAGGCAGCGAAAUGUGAGUUGGAGAGAGAGAGGGAGGAAGCGGAGAAGGCAAGGAGUGAGGCUGAGCAGAAGAGAGAGGAGGCUGAGGCAGCGAAAUGCGAGGCGGAGAAAGAGAGGGAGGAAGCGGAGAAGGCAAGGAGUGAGGCUGAGCAGAAGAGAGAGGAGGCUGAGGCAGCGAAAUGCGAGGCGGAGAAAGAGAGGGAGGAAGCGGAGAAGGCAAGGAGUGAGGCUGAGCAGAAGAGAGAGGAGGCUGAGGCAGCGAAAUGCGAGGCGGAGAAAGAGAGGGAGGAAGCGGAGAAGGCAAGGAGUGAGGCUGAGCAGAAGAGAGAGGAGGCUGAGGCAGCGAAAUGCGAGGCGGAGAAAGAGAGGGAGGAAGCGGAGAAGGCAAGGAGUGAGGCUGAGCAGAAGAGAGAGGAGGCUGAGGCAGCGAAAUGCGAGGCGGAGAAAGAGAGGGAGGAAGCGGAGAAGGCAAGGAGUGAGGCUGAGCAGAAGAGAGAGGAGGCUGAGGCAGCGAAAUGCGAGGCGGAGAAAGAGAGGGAGGAAGCGGAGAAGGCAAGGAGUGAGGCUGAACAGAAGAGGGAGGAGGCUGAGGCAGCAAAAUGCGUGGUGCAGAAAGAGAGGGAGGAAGCGGAGAAGGCAAGGAGUGAGGCUGAGCAGAAGAGAGAGGAGGCUGAGGCAGCGAAAUGCGAGGCGGAGAAAGAGAGGGAGGAAGCGGAGAAGGCAAGGAGUGAGGCUGAACAGAAGAGGGAGGAGGCUGAGGCAGCCAAAUGCGAGGCGGAGAAAGAUAGGAAGGAAGCGGAGAAGGCAAGGAGUGAGGCUGAGCAGAAGAGAGAGGAGGCUGAGGCAGCGAAAUGCGAGGCGGAGAAAGAGAGGGAGGAAGCGGAGAAGGCAAGGAGUGAGGCUGAGCAAAAGAGGGAGGAAGCGGAGAAGGCAAGGAGUGAGGCUGAGCAGAAGAGAGAGGAGGCUGAGGCAGCGAAAUGCGAGGCGGAGAAAGAGAGGGAGGAAGCGGAGAAGGCAAGGAGUGAGGCUGAGCAGAAGAGAGAGGAGGCUGAGGCAGCGAAAUGCGAGGCGGAGAAAGAGAGGGAGGAAGCGGAGAAGGCAAGGAGUGAGGCUGAGCAGAAGAGAGAGGAGGCUGAGGCAGCGAAAUGCGAGGCGGAGAAAGAGAGGGAGGAAGCGGAGAAGGCAAGGAGUGAGGCUGAGCAGAAGAGAGAGGAGGCUGAGGCAGCGAAAUGCGAGGCGGAGAAAGAGAGGGAGGAAGCGGAGAAGGCAAGGAGUGAGGCUGAGCAGAAGAGAGAGGAGGCUGAGGCAGCGAAAUGCGAGGCGGAGAAAGAGAGGGAGGAAGCGGAGAAGGCAAGGAGUGAGGCUGAGCAGAAGAGAGAGGAGGCUGAGGCAGCGAAAUGCGAGGCGGAGAAAGAGAGGGAGGAAGCGGAGAAGGCAAGGAGUGAGGCUGAGCAGAAGAGAGAGGAGGCUGAGGCAGCGAAAUGCGAGGCGGAGAAAGAGAGGGAGGAAGCGGAGAAGGCAAGGAGUGAGGCUGAGCAGAAGAGAGAGGAGGCUGAGGCAGCGAAAUGCGAGGCGGAGAAAGAGAGGGAGGAAGCGGAGAAGGCAAGGAGUGAGGCUGAGCAGAAGAGAGAGGAGGCUGAGGCAGCGAAAUGCGAGGCGGAGAAAGAGAGGGAGGAAGCGGAGAAGGCAAGGAGUGAGGCUGAGCAGAAGAGAGAGGAGGCUGAGGCAGCGAAAUGCGAGGCGGAGAAAGAGAGGGAGGAAGCGGAGAAGGCAAGGAGUGAGGCUGAGCAGAAGAGAGAGGAGGCUGAGGCAGCGAAAUGCGAGGCGGAGAAAGAGAGGGAGGAAGCGGAGAAGGCAAGGAGUGAGGCUGAGCAGAAGAGAGAGGAGGCUGAGGCAGCGAAAUGCGAGGCGGAGAAAGAGAGGGAGGAAGCGGAGAAGGCAAGGAGUGAGGCUGAGCAGAAGAGAGAGGAGGCUGAGGCAGCGAAAUGCGAGGCGGAGAAAGAGAGGAAGGAAGUGGAGAAGGCAAGGAGUGAGGCUGAGCAGAAGAGAGAGGAGGCUGAGGCAGCGAAAUGCGAGGCGGAGAAAGAGAGGGAGGAAGCGGAGAAGGCAAGGAGUGAGGCUGAGCAGAAGAGAGAGGAGGCUGAGGCAGCGAAAUGCGAGGCGGAGAAAGAGAGGGAGGAAGCGGAGAAGGCUAGGAGUGAGGCUGAACAGCAGAGGGAGGAGGCUGAGGCAGCGAAAUGCGAGGCGGAGAAAGAGAGGGAGGAAGCGGAGAAAGAGAGGGAGGAAGCGGAGAAGGCAAGGAGUGAGGCUGAACAGAGAAGGGAGGAGGCUGAGGCAGCGAAAUGCGAGGUGGAAAAAGAGAGGGAGGAAGCGGAGAAGGCAAGGAGUGAGGCUGAGCAGAAGAGAGAGGAGGCUGAGGCAGCGAAAUGCGAGGCGGAGAAAGAGAGGGAGGAAGCGGAGAAGGCAAGGAGUGAGGCUGAGCACAAGAGAGAAGAGGCCGAGGCAGCGAAAUGCGAGGCGGAGAAAGAGAGGGAGGAAGCGGAGAAGGCAAGGAGUGAGGCUGAGCAGAAGAGGGAGGAGGCUGAAGCAGCAAAAUGCGAGGCGGAGAAAGAGAGGGAGGAAGCGGAGAAGGCAAGGAGUGAGGCUGAGCAGAAGAGAGAGGAGGCUGAGGCAGCGAAAUGCGAGGCGGAGAAAGAGAGGGAGGAAGCGGAGAAGGCAAGGACGGAGAAGGCAAGGAGUGAGGCUGAGCAGAAGAGAGAGGAGGCUGAGGCAGCGAAAUGCGAGGCGGAGAAAGAGAGGGAGGAAGCGGAGAAGGCAAGGAGUGAGGCUGAGCAGAAGAGAGAGGAGGCUGAGGCAGCGAAAUGCGAGGCGGAGAAAGAGAGGGAGGAAGCGGAGAAGGCAAGGAGUGAGGCUGAGCAGAAGAGAGAGGAGGCUGAGGCAGCGAAAUGCGAGGCGGAGAAAGAGAGGGAGGGAGCGGAGAAGGCAAGGAUUGAGGCUGAACAGAGGAGGGAGGAGGCUGAGGCAGCGAAAUGCGAGGCGGAGAAAGAGAGGGAGGAAGCGGAGAAGGCAAGGAGUGAGGCUGAGCAGAAGAGGGAGGAAGCGGAGAAGGCAAGGAGUGAGGCUGAGCAGAAGAGAGAGGAGGCUGAGGCAGCGAAAUGCGAGGCGGAGAAAGAGAGGGAGAAAGUGGAGGAGGCAAGGAGUGAGGCUGAGCAGAAGAGAGAGGAGGCUGAGGCAGCGAAAUGCGAGGCGGAGAAAGAGAGGGAGGAAGCGGAGAAGGCAAGGAGUGAGGCUGAGCAGAAGAGAGAGGAGGCUGAGGCAGCGAAAUGCGAGGCGGAGAAAGAGAGGGAGGAAGCGGAGAAGGCAAGGAGUGAGGCUGAGCAGAAGAGAGAGGAGGCUGAGGCAGCGAAAUGCGAGGCGGAGAAAGAGAGGGAGGGAGCGGAGAAGGCAAGGAUUGAGGCUGAACAGAGGAGGGAGGAGGCUGAGGCAGCGAAAUGCGAGGCGGAGAAAGAGAGGGAGGAAGCGGAGAAGGCAAGGAGUGAGGCUGAGCAGAAGAGGGAGGAAGCGGAGAAGGCAAGGAGUGAGGCUGAGCAGAAGAGAGAGGAGGCUGAGGCAGCGAAAUGCGAGGCGGAGAAAGAGAGGGAGAAGUGGAGGAGGCAAGGAAAGAGAGAGGAGGCUGAGGCAGCGAAAUGCGAGGCGGAGAAAGAGAGGGAGGAAGCGGAGAAGGCAAGGAGUGAGGCUGAGCAGAAGAGAGAGGAGGCUGAGGCAGCGAAAUGCGAGGCGGAGAAAGAGAGGGAGGAAGCGGAGAAGGCAAGGAGUGAGGCUGAGCAGAAGAGAGAGGAGGCUGAGGCAGCGAAAUGCGAGGCGGAGAAAGAGAGGGAGGAAGCGGAGAAGGCAAGGAGUGAGGCUGAGCAGAAGAGGGAGGAAGCGGAGAAGGCAAGGAGUGAGGCUGAGCAGAAGAGAGAGGAGGCUGAGGCAGCGAAAUGCGAGGCGGAGAAAGAGAGGGAGGAAGCGGAGAAGGCAAGGAGUGAGGCUGAGCAGAAGAGAGAGGAGGCUGAGGCAGCGAAAUGCGAGGCGGAGAAAGAGAGGGAGGAAGCGGAGAAGGCAAGGAGUGAGGCUGAGCAGAAGAGAGAGGAGGCUGAGGCAGCAAAAUGCGUGGUGCAGAAUGAGAGGAAGGAAGCGGAGAAGGCAAGGAGUGAGGCUGAGCAGAAGAGAGAGGAGGCUGAGGCAGCGAAAUGCGAGGCGGAGAAAGAGAGGGAGGAAGCGGAGAAGGCAAGGAAGAGGGAGGAAGCGGAGAAGGCAAGGAGUGAGGCUGAGCAGAAGAGAGAGGAGGCUGAGGCAGCGAAAUGCGAGGCGGAGAAAGAGAGGGAGGAAGCGGAGAAGGCAAGGAGUGAGGCUGAGCAGAAGAGAGAGGCUGAGGCAGCGAAAAACGAGGCGGAGAAAGAGAGGGAGGAAGCGGAGAAGGCAAGGAGUGAGGCUGAGCAGAAGAGAGAGGAGGCUGAGGCAGCGAAAUGCGAGGCGGAGAAAGAGAGGGAGGAAGCGGAGAAGGCAAGGAGUGAGGCUGAGCAGAAGAGAGAGGAGGCUGAGGCAGCGAAAUGCGAGGCGGAGAAAGAGAGGGAGGAAGCGGAGAAGGCAAGGAGUGAGGCUGAGCAGAAGAGAGAGGAGGCUGAGGCAGCGAAAUGCGAGGCGGAGAAAGAGAGGGAGGAAGCGGAGAAGGCAAGGAGUGAGGCUGAGCAGAAGAGAGAGGAGGCUGAGGCAGCGAAAUGCGAGGCGGAGAAAGAGAGGGAGGAAGCGGAGAAGGCAAGGAGUGAGGCUGAGCAGAAGAGAGAGGAGGCUGAGGCAGCGAAAUGCGAGGCGGAGAAAGAGAGGGAGGAAGCGGAGAAGGCAAGGAGUGAGGCUGAGCAGAAGAGAGAGGAGGCUGAGGCAGCGAAAUGCGAGGCGGAGAAAGAGAGGGAGGAAGCGGAGAAGGCAAGGAGUGAGGCUGAGCAGAAGAGAGAGGAGGCUGAGGCAGCGAAAUGCGAGGCGGAGAAAGAGAGGGAGGAAGCGGAGAAGGCAAGGAGUGAGGCUGAGCAGAAGAGAGAGGAGGCUGAGGCAGCGAAAUGCGAGGCGGAGAAAGAGAGGGAGGAAGCGGAGAAGGCAAGGAGUGAGGCUGAGCAGAAGAGAGAGGAGGCUGAGGCAGCGAAAUGCGAGGCGGAGAAAGAGAGGGAGGAAGCGGAGAAGGCAAGGAGUGAGGCUGAGCAGAAGAGAGAGGAGGCUGAGGCAGCGAAAUGCGAGGCGGAGAAAGAGAGGGAGGAAGCGGAGAAGGCAAGGAGUGAGGCUGAGCAGAAGAGAGAGGAGGCUGAGGCAGCGAAAUGCGAGGCGGAGAAAGAGAGGGAGGAAGCGGAGAAGGCAAGGAGUGAGGCUGAGCAGAAGAGAGAGGAGGCUGAGGCAGCGAAAUGCGAGGCGGAGAAAGAGAGGGAGGAAGCGGAGAAGGCAAGGAGUGAGGCUGAGCAGAAGAGAGAGGAGGCUGAGGCAGCGAAAUGCGAGGCGGAGAAAGAGAGGGAGGAAGCGGAGAAGGCAAGGAGUGAGGCUGAGCAGAAGAGGGAGGAGUCUGAGGCAGCGAAAUGCGAGGCGGAGAAAGAGAGGGAGGAAGCGGAGAAGGCAAGGAGUGAGGCUGAGCAGAAGAGAGAGGAGGCUGAGGCAGCGAAAUGCGAGGCGGAGAAAGAGAGGGAGGAAGCGGAGAAGGCAAGGAGUGAGGCUGAGCAGAAGAGAGAGGAGGCUGAGGCAGCGAAAUGCGAGGCGGAGAAAGAGAGGGAGGAAGCGGAGAAGGCAAGGAGUGAGGCUGAGCAGAAGAGAGAGGAGGCUGAGGCAGCGAAAUGCGAGGCGGAGAAAGAGAGGGAGGAAGCGGAGAAGGCAAGGAGUGAGGCUGAGCAGAAGAGAGAGGAGGCUGAGGCAGCGAAAUGCGAGGCGGAGAAAGAGAGGGAGGAAGCGGAGAAGGCAAGGAAGAGGGAGGAAGCGGCGAAUGCAAGGAGUGAGGCUGAGCAGAAGAGAGAGGAGGCUGAGGCAGCGAAAUGCGAGGCGGAGAAAGAGAGGGAGGAAGCGGAGAAGGCAAGGAGUGAGGCUGAGCAGAAGAGAGAGGAGGCUGAGGCAGCGAAAUGCGAGGCGGAGAAAGAGAGGGAGGAAGCGGAGAAGGCAAGGAGUGAGGCUGAGCAGAAGAGAGAGGAGGCUGAGGCAGCGAAAUGCGAGGCGGAGAAAGAGAGGGAGGAAGCGGAGAAGGCAAGGAGUGAGGCUGAGCAGAAGAGAGAGGAGGCUGAGGCAGCGAAAUGCGAGGCGGAGAAAGAGAGGGAGGAAGCGGAGAAGGCAAGGAGUGAGGCUGAGCAGAAGAGAGAGGAGGCUGAGGCAGCGAAAUGCGAGGCGGAGAAAGAGAGGGAGGAAGCGGAGAAGGCAAGGAGUGAGGCUGAGCAGAAGAGAGAGGAGGCUGAGGCAGCGAAAUGCGAGGCGGAGAAAGAGAGGGAGGAAGCGGAGAAGGCAAGGAGUGAGGCUGAACAGAAGAGGGAGGAGGCUGAGGCAGCAAAUGCGUGGUGCUCGGAGAAAGAGAGGGAGGAAGCGGAGAAGGCAAGGAGUGAGGCUGAGCAGAAGAGAGAGGAGGCUGAGGCAGCGAAAUGCGAGGCGGAGAAAGAGAGGGAGGAAGCGGAGAAGGCAAGGUGGAGGCUGAACAGAAGAGGGAGGACUGAGGCAGCGAAAUGCGAGGCGGAGAAAGAGAGGGAGGAAGCGGAGAAGGCAAGGACGGAGAAGACAAGGAGUGAGGCUGAGCAAAAGAGGGAGGAAGCGGAGAAGGCAAGGAGUGAGGCUGAGCAGAAGAGAGAGGAGGCUGAGGCAGCGAAAUGCGAGGCGGAGAAAGAGAGGGAGGAAGCGGAGAAGGCAAGGAGUGAGGCUGAGCAGAAGAGAGAGGAGGCUGAGGCAGCGAAAUGCGAGGCGGAGAAAGAGGGGAGAAAGCGGAGAAGGCAAAGGGAGGCUGAGCAGAAGAGAGAGGAGGCUGAGGCAGCGAAAUGCGAGGCGGAGAAAGAGAGGGAGGAAGCGGAGAAGGCAAGGAGUGAGGCUGAGCAGAAGAGAGAGGAGGCUGAGGCAGCGAAAUGCGAGGCGGAGAAAGAGAGGGAGGAAGCGGAGAAGGCAAGGAGUGAGGCUGAGCAGAAGAGAGAGGAGGCUGAGGCAGCGAAAUGCGAGGCGGAGAAAGAGAGGGAGGAAGCGGAGAAGGCAAGGAGUGAGGCUGAGCAGAAGAGAGAGGAGGCUGAGGCAGCGAAAUGCGAGGCGGAGAAAGAGAGGGAGGAAGCGGAGAAGGCAAGGAGUGAGGCUGAGCAGAAGAGAGAGGAGUCUGAGGCAGCAAAAUGCGAAGCGGAGAAAGAGAGGGAGGAAGCGGAGAAGGCAAGGAGUGAGGCUGAGCAGAAGAGAGAGGAGGCUGAGGCAGCGAAAUGCGAGUUGGGAGAAAGAGAGGGAGGGAAGCGGAGAAGAGGAGUGAGGCUGAGCAGAGAGGGAGGAGGCUGA